AUGGAAACUUUACCGAAUAAAAAUACUUCAACCAACCAGCCAAGAGGCAGAGGACGACAGUCCCGAGGACGACAACAGUAUCAGAGAGGUCGUGUCGAAAACAUGCGUCGCACGAAAGGUAGCGAGACGAUGUCAGCGUUGCAUGAAGAUCUCCGUAAACAAUUGUUCGUCGGUUCCCAUGAGGAGGAUGCUUUGGCUCGCCUGAGUGAACAACAGACCCUCAAGUCCAUCACUCUAUCUAUAACAACCAGAGGAAUAGGGUUAGGAUUAUCUCACCUUACUUUUAUAUCUAUAUCAUAUCACGAAACUAUCCAGAUCCCUAACAUUUACGUAAUGUAUCGAGUUUUCCUCGGUUUGAUGGAGGCAAAAAUAGAAGCCAUAAAAGCAGACUUGCCCGUUGUAAAACGUCUUACAGAUCACGUCAAGCAGUUUGGUGUGAAUAGCGAUAUGCUACGUGUGGCUCAGUCAAUAACAAUAGUACCAGAGCCUAUUCGUAAAAUAAUCAAUGCGGUUGGACACCUGAAGUAUGAAGAUAAGAUCUACGUUCCUGCCAUUGCAGCUGAUCCAGUAGAUCGACACGGUCAGAUAGUACCUAGACCAGAAAGUGUCGUUUUGAGCACUCUUCGUCGCACUGUUGAGUAUCUAUCAGACCCUCAGAGCCACUAG